AUGCAAUUCAGUAAUCAGUUUUUGUUUUUAGUGGUAAUGAUGAUCAUGAUUGCGUUCGGAUCAACAUUACUUCUCCGAAAAAACACAUCUCUCGAUAACUCAACUGAUUCAAAUUUCAACAUUUCAAAUCCUCUCAUGAAUUUAAAAAGUAUAACAAAAACAAUCACAGACUUUGGGAAUCGAAUUCCGAGUGUGUCUCCUGGUUAUGUACAGACACAAGAGUACAUUAAUAAUUUUGUGAGAGAACAUACGAAUUAUUUCCAAAUUGAGUAUGACAAUUUCACAACAUCAACUCCAAUAUUUGGAAAUUUAAAGAUGUCAAAUAUUAUCAUUAAUUUUGCUCCACCUGAUACUCCAACGAAUACAAAGCGUAUUAUUAUGGCUUGUCACUACGAAAGCAAAUACUUUAAAGAUGCGACAUUUGUUGGUGCUACUGAUUCUGUCGUACCUUUGGCAAUGAUUUUACAUUAUAUGGUUGAAUUGGAAUAUAACUACAACAAGACUGUAAGCUCAAAAGGUUCAGCUCUAAAUUUAUUGAAUUUUAAUUUCCAAGUUGUUUUAUUCGAUGGAGAAGAAGCUUUUGAAAAUUGGAGUCCUAACGAUUCUCUUUACGGUGCAAGACAUUUAGCUCAACAAUGGGAGAGAUCUAAUCAAUUACAAAAUAUCAAGUAUCUCAUGUUGUUAGACCUUAUUGGAACCAGUGAUGUAAGGUUUAAGAAUUACCAUAUCCACACAGAAACAGGAACAAAUACUCUCUAUGAUCGACUUUCUGCCAUCGAAUACUCGAAAUUCAAAGAAAACAAAUACUUUGACGGAUCAUCCUAUUCAUACAUGGAUGAUGAUCAUCGACCAUUCCUUGAGAGAGGAGUACCAAUUCUUCAUCUCAUUAGUGAACCAUUUCCAUCGGUUUGGCAUACAUUAAGAGAUGAUUAUGAUCAUCUUGAUUGGAAUGCUAAUGAUAAAAUUUACCGAGUGAUUAGCUCAUUCAUGAAUGAACAAUUAUUGAACUCAUCGACCAUGAGAAAGAAAUGA